AUGGAACCUCAUUGGGGAAACUGGGGCAGUGUAUCAGGAUGCUCAAAGACUUGCGGAUUUGGUACUGAGGAACGUACACGUUAUCUUAUUGUUGGAGGUGUGGUGAAUCAUGAGAAAAAAGAAACACAAAUAUACCAGUGCUACUUGACCAAUUGUCCAGUUGAUGGAAACUGGACUCAAUGGGGAGGCUGGUCAUUAUGCGACAAAAUCUGUGGUCCAGGUGGUAUCCAAAAACGUGUCCGUUACUGCGCUGAUCCAUAUCCAAGCUAUGAUGGAAAAGUUUGCGAAGGUCCUACAUCUGAAACAAGAGCAUGUGUGAACAACACACAGUGUCCAGAGAUUCCUGAGAAUUUCGAUAUAAGCAUCUGUGAAAACAAUAAUAAAACAGUAUGGUGUACAAGUCACUUACACUGUGUUCUUAAAGAAAAAGUCUGUGAUAGAGUUCUCCACUGCCAUGAUGGAAGUGAUGAAAGUAUGUGCCCAGCAAAAUUCAGAAAUGGUAAGUGUUCUCUUUUUGAUGUCUGUAAACAUUGUGAACAUAUGCUUUUUUUAGUAUAA